AUGGAAAGAGUUCAGUUUUCUCAACUACUACUAAUCUUUACUCUAUCUUUAUAUUGCUUGAGAGCGGAAAUCAAAGGUGGCUUAGCUACUCGCAAAGUGAGCCAACGUUGCAGUGCUGAGGAAAGAGAUGCCCUCCAUGAUUUUAAGCAAAGUCUAUCUGAUCCUCACCUCGUUCUCUCGAGUUGGGAUAUAAAAGAGGAUUGUUGCACGUGGAAGGGAGUGAGUUGUAGUAAUAAAACCAAUCAUGUCAUCAAACUUGAUUUAAACAGGUUAUCUGUUUUUCCAGACUUUAAGAAUAAGUUUUUAUAUGCCACAUCGUUACACCUGUCUUUUAUGUGCUUACGACACUUGCAAUAUUUGUGCUUGAGUCAAAUUAUAUUCCAUCGGACGAUGAUCCCUCAUUCUAUUGGUUCCCUCACUAAAUUAAACCAUCUUGAUCUUUCCUUUUCAAGGUUCAUUGGAGAAAUUCCACCUCAUAUUGGAAAUUUGACAAAACUUAAACUUCUUGAUCUUCGUUGUAAUUCUCUAGUUGCUUAUAACCUCCUAUGGAUGUCCUGCCUCUUCUCUUUACAAUUUCUUGAUAUGUCAUAUGUGAAUCUAACAUUCACUACGAGUUGGUUAUAUGAGAUUAGUGUGCUUCCAACUCUCUCCACUUUAUAUUUGUCAUCAUGCAGCCUGCAAACACUUCCGAAUUCACUUCCAUAUUCUAAUUUUUCAUCAACCAUUGAAACAUUUGAUCUUUCUAAUAACCAUUUCAAUGGAAGUUUGCCAAAAUGGUUCGGACAAUUUAAAAGAUUAAAAGUGUUGUACCUCUAUAUGAACUUUUUUACUGAACCAAUCUCAUUUGCCUCUUCAAGCUUAUUAUGUGAUCUCUAUGAUUUGGGCCUUAGCUAUAAUUAUUUUACAAAAUUAAGUGAUGAUGGGUCUUCUUUAAAAUGCAAAGAAUAUAAAAUGACAAUCCUGGAUAUCACCAAUAACCAACUGAGCGGCAGCAUACCUAAAUGGGUUGAAAAUAUGAAAAAUUUAAUAUUCCUUUAUCUUGGAAAUAAUCAGUUUGAUGGACUUAUUCCGCAGAGUCUUGGUCAGCUAACUAACUUAGCUAUUUUGGGUCUUAGUUCCAAUAAUUUGCAUGGGAGUCUCUCUGAAACUCAUUUUGCAAAUUUAUCACAAUUGACACAUCUAUAUCUUUCAGAUAAUCAGUUGAAUUUUAACAUGAUUAGUCCUAAUUGGACUCCACCAUUUCAAAUUUCUUUUCUUUACCUACGUUCUUGUCUUGUUGGUCCUCAAUUCCCACUGUGGCUUCAAAAUCAAAAGCUCCUUUUCAAAUUAGACCUUUCCGAUUGUGGUAUUUAUGAUAUCAUUCCGAGUUGGUUUUGGAAUAUAUCAUCUCAAAUAAAUUACUUGAACAUGUCCCAAAAUGCAAUUAGAGGUGAACUUCCAGUGUCAUUGAAUAUUGCAUCUCAAGCAACUAUAGACUUAAGCUCAAAUCAAUUGGAUGGGCAUCUUCCUCAGCCAAUGAAUUUUGUACGUUAUGUAUUAUUUUCAAACAAUAAGUUCUCAAGCGGGAUUGAGUUAUAUCUAAAUGGGAACAUGAGUUGCUUGGAAGUACUUGACCUUUCUCAAAAUCAUCUCUCAAGUGAAAUCCCUAAUUCUAUAUGUCAAAUGCCUUUAAUAAUUCUUCUCGACUUAUCACAUAACAAACUUUCAGGAGAAAUUCCAAAAUGCAAUGCUAGUGUUUCAAACUAUCAGAUGUUAAAGCUUAUCAGCAUGUCAUAUAACAACUUAAGGGGUUCAAUUCCACAAUGGAUAGGGAACCUUCCAAUGUUAUUAUCAUUGCACCUCAACAAUAAUUUUUUUCAAGGGGAGAUGCCAUUUUUCAAAAAUUACAGCAAGCUUAUUACCCUUGACUUGGGAGAAAAUUACUUUACAGGAAGCAUACCUUCAUGGAUUGGAGAAAAAUUAUUGUCCGUAAAGAUCUUAUGCUUACACUCAAAUAAAUUUCAUGGAUCAAUUCCCUUGGAGCUAUUCAAACUAAAAAAUCUACAAAUCUUGGAUCUUGCAAAAAAUUUUCUUUCAGGCUCAAUCCCAAAAUCUUUUAAUUUUCUCAAUUCAAUGGUCAUACCAAAUAAGAGACUUGAAACUCUAAUUCCUAACGAUGGUGUUACAUUUCCAAUUGAGGGGAUCGACAUUAUGUUUUCCAUAAGUCUUACCAACUAUCCAAGAAUACUUAUACCUGAUUCAAUAAUGAUCGACGUAAAAGGAAUAGUUCGUGAAUUCAAAAGCAUACUCUCUCUUGUAAACAUUAUAGAUCUUUCUUGUAAUAAUCUCACCGGUGAAGUUCCUAUUGAAUUAACGAGCCUUGUUGGAUUGAUGAGCUUGAAUUUAUCUAGCAACCAAUUCACAGGACAGAUACCAAAGAAAAUUGGUUUUAUGCAAAGCUUAGAAAGUUUGGAUCUCUCAAUGAAUCAUUUCUCGGGAGAUAUUCCACAGAGCAUUGUGAUGCUUAGUGCAUUGAGUUAUCUCAACUUAUCCUACAAUCAAUUGUCUGGUACAAUCCCGACGGGGACCCAACUUGACACUUUUCAAGAAUCAAGUUACUACGGAAAUCCAGAACUCUGUGGAAAAACACUACAUAAAACUUGUGAAGGUGAUGAACAUAAAUUACAUGAGGAAGGAGGCAAUUCUCAGGAUGAUGAUGAUUUUGGUUUGUUCCUUGGUAUGGGACUUGGUUUUGCUGUUGGACUAUGGAGUGUAUUGGGGGCCUUAUUGCUCAAGAGGUCUUGGGCGACCACUUAUUUCCAAUUCCUUGAUAAAGUGAUAGAUAAUAUUUAUGUAUUUGUCAACAUAAAAGUGAAUCAGUGGUUUAAUAAUCAAAUAACAUAA